AUGAAGAUACUUCAAUCAGGCCUAUCACAGCUACUGAAAAGCUUAAUCUCAAUACGAGGCCCCGACGCCACCAAAUUUCUCAAUGGGUUACUAACAUCCCGACUACUUCCCCAUGUCGUUAAAAAGAAACAACAUACCAUCAGUUCAGCUGAAUUCAAACAUGCUAAUCUUGAAUCGAUAAUUGAUCCAAUGACGAAUUAUGGAGUGAUGCAUGAAGAUAUCUAUGACCCUGAUUAUAAUAUUUUUAUAACUCGAGAAGGCAUCAAUUCAAUGAUUUUGAAUUCAAAGGGAAGAGUAGUUACUGAUUGUUUCUUGUAUUGUGAUCCAUUCCAUAAUGUCAAUAGUGGAUUUGAAAAAGAGUUGCAAUUACCAGGUUAUUUGUUAGAAAUUGACGAAGUCAGUUUGAAUAAAUUGAUGAUGAUGUUAAAGUUACACAAGUUGAGUGCAAAAGUAGACAUUAGACCGGAGAAGUCGCUCACUUCGUAUUAUUAUUAUAAUGACACGGUUGAAUUCGAUGCAUGGUUGGAAGAUAUUCAACAGAAAUACUUUCGCACGGUUGACCCAGUUGAUGCUUUACAAAAUGCCAAUUCAUUUAUUCAAAAUGAGGUGAUAUUCAAGCAAGAUUUUGCAUCGAAGAUUUUGGGUUUCGCUAUUGAUAAUAGGAUACCCAAUUUUGGAUUCAAGUUUGUUACUGACGUGAAAUUAAACAAUACAGCAGAUGUGAUAGAGAAGGUGUUCUCUCCUCAAUUUAUUCAACAAUUUGAAACCCCGCUAAUAUCAGAGUCCAAUGUAAUAGAUCGCCGAUUUCAAAAUGGUUUGUUUGAAGCUACUGAUGCACCCAGUGGCGAGUCACUACUACCAUUUGAAUGUAAUUUAGAUUAUACCAACGGGUUAUCAUUAGAUAAAGGGUGUUAUGUGGGUCAAGAGUUGACUAUACGGACAUACAAUAAUGGUAUCAUUAGAAAAAGGAUAUACCCAGUACAGUUUUUCACAAUUGAUGACAACAUAGUCGAGACGAUUAAACAAGCCCAGGAUGAUGAUGAUGUAGAAGUCGUAUUUCCUUCAACUUCAGUCGUAGAGCAAGUUCCAUCUUCAUCAUUAAGCAAAUUAGAAAUGACACCAAUGAUCGAGGAAAAUGUAAAGGAGGAUGAAGCACCUCAAACAGCACCUUCACCAUUUGGAUCAUCGUCCAAACCAGUGCGUAAACGGAAAAGUUCUAGUGGUAAAGUGUUGGCAGUUAAAGGCGAUGUGGGGCUUUGUUUAUUAACUAUGGCUGAUGUGUCAAAAUCACCAUUUUUUAAAGUAGAGAUACCAUCUUUUGAACAUGGAAAAAAACAAGUUGGAGCAAGGGUGGUCGUACCUGACUGGUGGCCAGAAUAA